CAGAAAAUGCCUUUCUAAACAUUAUGCAUCUUCGCUUUGUGUGAGCCUUACAUAUGCCGCUUCUUUUUUAAUCCACAGUCCGUAUUGAACUACUGAAAUAAUAACCAUUACUCAAAUUCAAGUAUAUUCUUCUCAAAAUCUGUAAGCUAUGCAUCUCUUCUGCAUUGCUCUGCAGGGCAUCUGAACAUCUAUAAUCAAAUAAUGGCUUCAGACGACGAAGGAGAUUUUCACGAGGAGCAGGGUCCGCCUGUAGUAGACGAAGCUAAUGUACAGGAGGGCUUCCGAGCGUUUUUUCCCCUCGCGUUCGGAAAACAAGAAAAAAAACAAGUUUCUUUGGAAUCGAUACAUUCCGCUACAAAACGCCCACAUGAUCCACAGCCACAGCCGCUGAAACCCCAAUCUGGCAAAAAAGGUUGGCUGCAGGAUUUGAACCCCAAACCUCCCAGGCCUCCAAUUGGGCCUCAGAGGCCUCCUUCAAAUUUGGUAGAACUUCCCAGGUCUCCAAUUGGGCCUCAGAGGCCUCCUUCAAAUUUGGUAGAACUUCCCAGGUCUCCAAUUGGGCCUCAGAGACCUCCUCCAGAUUCGGCAGAACCCAUUGUAGGACCUCCCAGGCCUACAUAUUUGGAAGAAUCCGCGAUCGGAGAUGAAGAGGAUUCUGAUCAAUUGGUAGGACCUCCAAGGCCACCCCAAUUUAGUGGAGAUGAUGAUGAGGAAGAGGGGCAUUUGAUAGGUCCUCCGAGACCGCCGCCAAAUUUAGAGGAAGAAGGAAAUGAUGGAAGUUUUGAAGCUAUGACUUACAGAAGAGAGGAUGGAACUAGCGAUGAGCAUUCGGAUGAAGAGGGAGGUGAUAUAUUUAGAGUGCCUCUAAGUAAUGAGAUUGUGCUCAAAGGACAUACCAAGAUUGUUUCAGCUUUGGCUGUAGACCACACAGGUUCAAGGGUUCUUACGGGUAGCUAUGACUAUUCUGUUCGUAUGUAUGAUUUCCAAGGUAUGACUUCUCAGCUGAGAUCAUUUAGACAGCUAGAACCAUUCGAAGGGCAUCAAGUUCGCAGUCUAAGUUGGAGUCCAACUUCUGAUCGUUUUUUGUGUGUAACUGGAUCUGCCCAAGCAAAGAUUUAUGACCGUGAUGGCCUUACCUUAGGAGAAUUUGUUAAAGGUGACAUGUAUUUGCGUGACCUUAAGAAUACAAAGGGUCAUAUAUCAGGUCUGACAUGUGGACAUUGGCAUCCUAAAGAAAAGCAAAUGAUUUUGACAUCUUCAGAGGAUGGUUCCCUUCGCAUUUGGGAUGUGAAUGAUUUUAAAAGUCAGAAGCAGGUAGUUAAGCCCAAGCUUGCUAAACCUGGAAGGGUACCAGUGACAACAUGUGCUUGGGGCAUUAAUGGGAAAUGUAUUGCUGGUGGUGUCGGAGAUGGAUCCAUACAGGUUUGGAAUGUCAAGUCAGGAUGGGGAAGCAGACCGGAUCUGUAUGUUGAUAAGGGACAUGAAGAUGAUAUUACAGACCUCAAGUUUUCUUCUGAUGGAAACACACUUCUCUCUAGAAGCACUGAUGCCACUCUCAAGGUUUGGGAUCUACGGAAGAUGAGAACUCCACUGCAAGCCUUCAAUGACCUCCCAAACAACUAUGCUCAAACAAAUGUGGAAUUUAGUCCAGAUGAGCGGCUGAUAUUUACAGGUACCUCCAUAGAAAGAGAUAGUGAUUGUGGAAGCUUAUUAUGCUUCUAUGAUAAGCAAAAGCUAGAAUUGGUUUCAAGAAUUGGUGUGUCUCCGACACAUAGUGUUAUACGAUGUGCUUGGCAUCCACGUCUUAAUCAGGUCUUUGCUACAACUGGAGAUAAAAAGGAAGGUGGAACCCAUAUACUAUAUGAUCCAGCUUUGAGUGAGAGGGGAGCACUUGUUUGUGUUGCUCGAGCGCCCAGGAAAAUAUCUCUGGAUGAUUUUGAAGCAAAACCUGUUAUCCAUAACCCACAUGCCUUACCCCUAUUUCGAGAAGAACCAAGCCGUAAGCGUCAACGGGAAAAAGCAAGGAAGGAUCCUAUCAAGUCACAGAGACCAGAUUUGCCUGUCACAGGUCCUGGUUUUGGUGGGAGGGUUGGAUCAACAAAGGGCAGUUUGCUGACACAAUAUCUUCUCAAGGAAGGUGGAUUGAUUAAGGAGACAUGGAUGGAGGAAGACCCAAGAGAGGCUAUUUUAAAAUAUGCUGAUGUGGCUGCAAAAGAUCCAAAGUUUAUUGCACCUGCAUAUGCACAAACACAGCCAGAAACAGUCUUUGCUAAAUCUGAUUCUGAUGAGGAAGAUAAAUGAUAUUGUGCUGACCAUCAGAUAUUAAUUGUCUCUUACUGAGCAAAACUCUUGACAUUUUAGCGAUAUGUUCAUGUUGCCUUGAACCCAUUCACAUUCCUCUGUAAAUUUAUUGGCCAAUAUUAUUUCUUCACAAAUUGUAUGGCUUGUUUUAAUGUCUGCUACGGUUGUAGCAGUUUUUUUGUU